AUGACUCCAAAUAUUAACAUAUAUGGUGCAGCCUUUUGGGAAACCAUUUGUGGUGAACAUGGCUUGGAUAAUAAUGGAAAUUAUCAUGGAGACGACGACUUACAGAAAUCUAGAUUAAAUGUUUAUUUUAGUGAAGCGAGUUCUGGAAAAUAUGUGCCAAGAGCAGUUUUAAUCGACUUAGAACCAGGCACCAUUGAUAGCGUUAAAAACUCGCAUAUUGGAAACUUAUUCAGACCUGAUAAUUUUAUAUUUGGCCAAAGCUCAGCUGGUAAUGUUUGGGCCAAAGGUCACUAUACUGAGGGAGCCGAAUUGGUCGACUCUGUUUUAGAUGUUGUCAGAAGGGAAGCCGAGGGCUGUGAUUCUUUACAAGGUUUUCAGAUCACUCAUUCAUUAGGAGGUGGAACUGGUUCUGGUAUGGGAACUUUAUUAAUUUCAAAAAUAAGGGAAGAAUUUCCUGAUAGAAUGAUGGCUACGUUCUCUGUUGUUCCUUCGCCCAAAUUGUCUGACACUGUUAUUGAACCUUAUAAUGCAACUUUGUCUGUUCAUCAAUUAGUUGAGAAUGCAGAUGAAACCUUUUGUAUCGACAACGAAGCUUUGUACAAUAUUUGUCAAAAGACAUUGAAAUUGCCACAGCCAUCUUAUGCUGAAUUGAACAAUUUAGUUUCUUCUGUCAUGUCUGGUGUCACGACUUCUUUACGUUAUCCUGGUCAAUUGAACUCCGAUUUGAGGAAGUUGGCUGUCAACUUAGUUCCUUUCCCGAGAUUACAUUUCUUUAUGGUUGGAUUUGCUCCGUUAACUUCAAUAGGCUCCAAAUCGUUUAGAUCUCUUACAGUUCCAGAAUUAACUCAACAAAUGUUUGAUCCUAAAAACAUGAUGGCAGCUUCCGAUCCAAAGAAUGGACGUUACUUGACCGUUGCAGCAUUUUUCAGAGGUAAGGUGUCAGUCAAAGAAGUUGAUGAUGAGAUGCAUAAGGUUCAAACAAGAAAUGCUUCUUAUUUUGUUGAGUGGAUUCCAAAUAACGUGCAAACGGCUGUAUGCUCAGUUCCGCCUAAGGGUUUGGAUAUGUCAGCAACCUUCAUCGGUAACUCAACUUCUAUCCAAGAUUUAUUCAAGAGAGUUGGAGACCAGUUUAGUGCUAUGUUCAGAAGAAAGGCCUUUUUACAUUGGUAUACUUCUGAGGGUAUGGACGAAAUGGAAUUCACUGAAGCUGAAUCCAAUAUGAAUGACUUAGUCAGUGAAUAUCAACAAUAUCAAGAGGCUGGUGUUGAAGAAGAAGAAUUGGACUAUGCAGAUGAAAUUCCAUUAGAAGACGGAAUGGAGUAG